AUGUCGCUUUUCGGCAAUCUUGGAGGCUCGCAGCCCGCCUCUACUGGCGCAUCCGGCGGAGGACUGUUUGGCACAGCAACGGGCGGAUCAGGCGGUACUGGAUCAAGCUUGUUUGGCAACCUAGGCGGCGGUACUUCGAAUGCGCAAUCUGGUACGACACAGGCACCAAGCUCUGGAGGCUUAGGAGGCGGACUUUUCAGUGGAUUGGGCGGAGCAAAGCCAGCUACGACCACGACAUCCUCACUGUUCGCUGGCGCCGGAUCGACUUCGCAGCCGCAAACACAAACGCAGCCCAGCAGCCUUGGGCUGUUCAACAACACGGCGUCGCAAUCAACAACCAACAACGCGCAACAAACGAGCGGAUUCGGUCAAUCGUCUCUCUUCGGCGCUACCUCGAACCAGCAGCAACCCCAACAACAGCAGCAGCAACAACAGGGCACGUCACUGGCCCAGGCAAACGCUGGCACCGGUCGCUCAGCCCACUUCGAUAAUUUGCUCGAGCGUGGGCGAAAGCGCAAUGCUGGCGAGAAUGGCACGACCAACUUCGACGAGCUGCCGUCCUUGCAGUUGGGCCUUGGAGACAUCGCACGCAAGGUGCGCAACCUGGGCGCUGGCGGUCCCUCAGCCGACCAGGUCCAGGAUCGCUCACAGGAUCGCGCUGCACACUACCUACUCUCCGCCUCAGGCGUGAAGAUGGGUAGCACCCUCCACGACCUCAACCAAUUCUCCUCGCAGAGCGUCCUCGCAGCUCCCGGUCAGGCACAGAACCUCUUCGACAACGACGUUGACGGCUACAUCUCCAACCUGCACUCGCAAUCGACCCUGGCGCUUAUCCAGGAAGGACUCGAGCAAUCCAAGCGCGACUUCGACACGUUCCUCGAAGACAAUGUUCAGAUUGAAUGGGACAAGCAGAGGCAAAGGAUCUACGAACACUUUGGGCUUGGCCGACAGAGCGAAGACAUGGCAGCAUCUCAGAGCGGCGCAUUCGGCAGCACAGCUCGCGGAGCUUUUGGACGUGCAACAGGACGCAAGGGUCGUUCCAUGGGUCCCAACGGUGCAUCUGUCAACGGACGAUCGACCUUUGGAGCAUCUGCUGCUGGACCGCCUGUUCUCGGUGCUUCCCAGAGCGUGCUUGGUGGGCGCGAUUCGUCCGACAAGUCAGUCAUGGGCGGACAAGCUGCUCCUCAAGAUCGAUACGCUCGCGACAAGCAGGAGAAGUUCAUGGAAGAGGUCAAGAAGCUUAACGAGUCCAGGCUGCGGGAGAGUACAUUCUCGGUACUUCAUGCGUUCUCCGAUGUAGAGAAGGCUGCCGGUACAGAAUACUCAGACCAUUUCACACGCGCCUACGGAACGCUUAUCUCCAUCACCGGCGAGAAGACCGAACUGGAGGCCUCCAACCCUGGCUCGAACCAACCGAGGGAGCGAAGUUUCGCCAAAGACUACUUGGACGAACAACCAAACUCUGCUGCUAGCGUUCGCAUGCGCAAGCGUAUACUCGAUGGGUCUCGAAAGUACCUGGAAAGCAGGUUCCUGGAACAAGUGGAAGAUGUUCUGCGGAGAAACCCUGCAGAGGCGCUCGUUGGUGGUGUUCCCUCUAUGCUCAACAAAAUCCGAGGCUUCGUGAGAGCAAAGGCUGCAUUCAAGGAGCUUGGCGCAGAUACUGAGCUAUUCCAGCGAAUAGGCGAAGCUGGCGAAGAGUUCCCCUGGAUCAUCAUAUUCUUCCUCCUGAAGGGUGGUCUUCUUACCGAGGCUGCUGAAUAUGUACGAGAGAAGAGGAACUUCUUCCAGAACACCGACCGAAACUUUCAGGCAGCGAUAUCCCAAUACGCCAGCGAUCCGGACCGAAGACUGAACCCCGAUACGCAACAGAAGGUCGCUCACACACAUGCCCAGAGGACUCGCUUGAAGACGCCAGAGGACCCUUACCGAAUGGCUUGCUACAAGAUCGUUGGUCGAUGUGACAUGAGCAAGCGCAACCUGGAGCCGAUCAGGGAGAACAUGGACGACUGGGUAUGGCUGCAGUUCAACCUGGCCCGCGAGGGUAAUCGCGCUGAGGAAAAUGCCGGCGAGAUCUUUGGCUUGGAAGAACUGAGAACAGUUAUCAAAGACAUCGGCCAGCGCCACUUCAUGAACGACGACGCUGAAUCAUCGGGCGGCUAUGGAGUUUACUUCUAUCUCGCUACCCUGGCUGGUCUGUUCGAGCCAGCUAUCAACUACCUGUACUCUCACAACUACGUCUCUGCGGUUCAUUUCGCGGUAGCUCUAGACUACUACGGCCUCAUCCGCGUGUCGGACUGGACGACUGCAGGCGGAGAGAUCAUGACCUUCACUACUCGACAACAACCACAGCUUAACUUUGGACGCAUCGUCGGCCACUACACAAGCGACUUCCGUGCUGCACGAGCUGAUGCUGCGGCCGACUACUUGGUGCUGAUCUGCAUGAAUGCGGAUCUACCAGGCGAAGCAGGCCGACAACAGGCAGAGCUCUGCCACGAAGCUCUUCGCGAACUUGUUCUUGAGACACGCGAGUUCUCUACCUUGUUGGGUGACGUCAAAUCCAACGGCGAGACGACACCGGGUCUUAUCCAGGAACGUGUGCCGUUGCUCAAGCUAGAUGGCGAGAUGGGCUUGUUGAACACCAUUACUAGCGAAGCCGCGAGGAUGGCAGACGACAACGGACGCAUCAACGACGCCAUUCUGCUCUGCCAUCUUGCCGGCGAGUACGACAGUGUCGUAACGAUCCUGAACCGCGCGCUGGCUGAGGCACUCUCUGUAGAACUCGGUCAAGAGCCUCUCCGUCUGGAGCCGUUGAAGCCGCGUCUGACAGCUGCCGAGUCACAACAGCAGCAACAACAACGAACUGAUCUGACUUCGUCGAGCUUGAGCAUGCUGGGAACAGACGAUCCUGUCGAGCUCGCGCAGAAGGUUCUUGCGUUGUACGACGCGAACAGCCUAUGGUGGAGGAAGGUGUCGCAGAUGAACCGCGACACAGUUGGAAUACUAUUCCAGCUCAACAACGCGAAGAAGAUCAUUGAAGCCGGUGACUUCAUGGCCGCACUCGGCCAAAUCGAAAACCUCCGCAUCCUUCCCCUGUCCGCCAACGGCAAUGUCAGCGACAUCCGUGCCACCGCCAACAGCUUCAACUCAUACCCACAAGAGAUCUCACGCAACAUUGGCAACGUCCUUCUCUGGUGCAUUGGCUGCUGCUCGAGACAUCGUGAGCGUCUUCUGUCCGGACAAUUCGAGGACAAGAUGCGUAAGGUUCUCGCUGAUCAACUUCUGCAGAAGGCAAAGGACCUCAUGGUCUUUGCUGGAUUGAUCAAAUACAAGCUGCCACCAAGGGUGUUUGAGACGCUGGCAAGGGAGGGUCAGGAGGUUGGUGCUUUCUAG